AUUCUUCCAUUUUCGUGCGUGAUGUUUCGGUGGUUCCGGUGAAUCGGAAUCGAUUCGGUUAGACUUUGGAUGUUAUCUAGUCUUAGUUUUGUGAUAAUUCCGAUAAUUCUACGAUAAAAUCUUAUACUACUAGUAAGUGACAACAUUCGAACAUAUUGAAUUCAUAAUGAAAACCAGAAACCAGACCAACCAGACGCAGAAAGGCACCAAACGGAAGGCACCGUCGUCGUCAGCUCAAACCGAGAUCCCAAUAAAACGCCCCAGAAAAGACGCCCGCCAGGAAGGGUCCGUCCAGUUUGUUAGCCGACUUCUGCGGGACGUCCAAAACGAUGCCGGUCAUCCAGUGGCAGUAGCAAUGGGAAGUUACGCACACAGCAACAUCCUUCAGCUGCCGUUUCAACCGGGCAUUCUUACGCAGGACACAAUCUAUCGGCACUACGAGGCACCCUCGUGGAACUUUACGUAUCCCGUUCCGCUGGUGACGCAAUUUUCCAAUCCUGGAACAGCCGUUGAACCAAUGCUGCGGUUGGUAAAGGCUAAAAAGAAACAUCUGACCACCUUGGCCCACAUGAAGUUGCUCUACGCGAAAAAGAAAUCCAUCUAUAAGAAAGCUUGCAAAGGAUUCGUCGGGAAGCUGUUCCCGAACAUGCUGUAUAAAGUAGCUGAGGAGAUGGAGCGCGAUCCGGAUAAGUGGUUUCAGGAAACGUACGGAUAUGAUUACUAUUUCACCGGUGGAAGUCUGGCGGUUGUGGGCGGCAAAGAGGAUUCUCCAGGACACCCGAAAUGGAUUAUUACCACCGUGGGAGAGAAUAUGAACGCAAUAGAGAUGGCUCGAUUAAAUCUAACUGAAAGCCGGGCUACCAUUGACAGAAACCAACUAAAACUAUUCGAGCUUAGCGAAAAGGACGGGCCAAUUUAUGAGAUUUGCACCUCGAUGGUAGAGAAGGAAGACGACGAUGAUGACUCCACUAGUCGAAACCUGCGAAUAGCUCUGAGAAGGAAACAAAAAAUUGAGCUGCUUUGCGGAGAAGGUGAGAGCAUUUUUUCCAGUUCCAAAACCCUUUCGUCAGAAGUUCCGUUUAUUAGUUGCUGUUUUCUUAGGGGAAGCAGCGAUUCGCUGAUAUGCACUUCUGAUUUGGGGAAAAGACUAAGGAUUUGGAAUUUUGAGAUUGGUGAGGUUGUUCAGGAGCUCAAUUUGUCCAAAAAGGUAAAGAAAGAUGACUGCUGGACCUGUAUCCGGUCCUUCGGGAAGAAUCACUUUGUUUGCUUGGACAGGUCUUCCAUCAGACUAUUCAAAACCAAAUUUCUACUGAAGUUAGUUAACGUAGCUCUUCUUUCCACGUGGCUAUGGGCGUGCGAAAAGGCAUCCUGUCUAGAAGUUUGUCCGGAAGAGAAGCUUCUGUUUAUCGGAACCAGUCAUAAACUGCUCGUUCUUCAGCUAGUUGAUCGGGGGGACGCCCAGCAUCGGGAGUUCCAACAGAUUCUGACAUUCACCCACAAUUUGAAGUACUUCCCGACGAUGAUCCGGUUCGACUCAGACUCGAAUCAGAACUACUUCGUAUGGUUGUCCUCCCAACUGGCAGGUGACACGACCAUUUGCAACUUUUCGAAAGUUCCUCCAAAACGCUUUGCCACCAAUAACCUUCCGCGGAAGCCCUGGACUGUCCAGGAGGGCUUUGACCUAGCGCGUCACAAAGGGAAAUGCAUCUACCCCGCAGCCAAGCUAAAACGUCGCCUCCAACUUUUCCACUCGGGCCUGGCCAUUCUAGUCGAUGAAAACGAUUGCUUUCAUCUGUUCCUACAGACCUCCCCUGGGGACGUAUUCCAUCAGCGAAUUACCACCGCUACCGACGAUAGCCUUUCCGAUAGAAUUCCACUGCUUUACCACUCCUGGAUGCUCAAACUGAACCGAGAAAUUCCAUUCGUGCCCAAAGCCACCGACUUCAAAAACCUCCGAGGGUUCAAAAAGAUUCUCUCCUGCUCAAACCUCUAUCAACCUGAACCGGAACUCCUGGAGGACACAACCUUCCGCAAAAGACCCGGCUGGCAGCAAUCCGUCGAGGACCUGCACCAAUACAAGGAUCUCCUAGCGCCGGAGAUACUCCAGAUCUGGGGCUUCCGGCCGGAUGUGAGCGGGCGCCCCCCUCGACGUAUUUCCACCGAUCAGCCGAUGGACGUGGCGGAUCGUAUUUCCCACUGGUUGGACACGACCGCCGAACAGGUUCCCAUUGUUGUUGGAGAUGAGGAAGGGGUCGGAGCCAGCCGAGAUGGCUCACCGGUGGUAGCCGAUGAGGUCGUUCCGAUUGAAAGCGAUCACGACCAGGAGGAGCUUCUUCACAGCGUGGUGGAAGUUGGAGAAUACAUGAAACCGGAGGUGGAUGCUUGCGAGCAGGAUGUCGUGUUUGUUAGGGCGGUUGUGUCCGAUGUAACGACGAGUGCGGUGAACAAAUCUGCUGCCAAACCCGGCAGAAGGAAAUACGUUAAGGGAUUCUAGUUUAUCACUUUAUCAAGAAGACUGUCAGUACUGCUGGAAAUCGAGAGUCUCUGUUAGCAGCGCACCCCACGCAUGAAUGUGGAACUAUACGAGAUUACCAUGCAAUAGAGUUCCAAGUCUUUCUGAUGAAGUGGUCUUUGAUUCUAGAGUUGAACGGAGAUUAUUAUU